AUGACUGAUGCUGUGGCCCACGAUAAGGAUAGACUGAUAGACGAUCUCAAUGGCACAAUUCAAUCAUUCUACUCGUUCCUCAUGGACACCGCAAUCCGUCAACAACAGCAUGUCACAGUCGAGGGGAGGCCGUACAGGUCACAUUUGCACCCGGCCUGCAUCCCAUGUCGAUCAAGAAAAUCCAGAUGCAAAACUACACAUACAUCGCCUUCUUGCUUAAUGUGCCAGACAAAUGGCACUGAUUGUGUCUUUCCCCAAGCAGCUGAACGUCCACGAAGAACAAAGGGUCUGUUCAAAACACCUUCAAAGAGAAUAUCUGCCACCGUGUUUUCACCAAACGAAGUUUCAAGGCUUCGGAGCUUGGCUUCACCUUCGCCGGCUUCAUCGCAACUCGAGCUGCAACCAGAUACCACCCCACGAAGUGAAUUGGAUGCGUCAAUAAAUGGAAACAUCUCAGACUAUCACGAGCUUCCUUCACCAUCUACUGGGCACCAUGACGACUUGAUCUCCGUUGUGAUAGAUUCUAUCGCUAAAUCCGGGGAAGGCAGCUCUCAUGUAGUGAGUCCUGCAAUUGCUGACGAUGACAAAGUAUUCCAAGAGUAUCUUUCCAAUACCCCAUAUGGCCAAAGUGGGCGGACAGUGCGAUUUCACCCCAACUCGUAUAAUUCAAGUGGACCUUCGAGACCUAUCGUUUUCAACACGAUCCCGAAACGUGGGAGCAGAGAAGCAGAAGGUCGAGCACUAGCAGCUUCGGAGUGUGCAAGCAUCGAAAAGACCAUCGAGCCUUAUCGGGAUGAGCUUACAAACCUAUUUUUUGAAAAGAUGAACAUAUCAUUUCCCAUAUUCGAUGAAUCACUAUUUCGCCGACUCCUUGCAACACAGAAAGAGAAGAUUUCACCAGGGCUGCUGGCUACUCUGUACGGGAACACUCUGACGUACUGGGACUCUUCUCCAAGGCUACGCGUGCUUCAAUGUCCUGACCACUACUCGAUUUGGAUACAGGCCGAGAAUGCCAUGACGGCAGAGUUCAAAUGCACACCUGGGAUUUCCACGAUAAUAUCUAUCAUUUUAAACCUCUCUGGGAGACCUAGUAGCCACAUGUUAGGGAACGGCGGUCUGUUGGGUAUGGCCGUUGCACUAGCGAAUGCUUUCGGCCUGAAUCGAGAUCCAACAGUCUGGAAUCUAUCACCGACAGAGAAGAAGUUCAGGAUACGAAUUUGGAGGAUUCUCCUUGUCUAUGAUCGCUGGUGCAGCCUGGCAUAUGGGACCCCACCCUUGAUCCAUCGAACGCAACAUGAUGUCCCAGCCCCGGCUGCCGAAGAUCUAUACAGUCCCUGCUCCAGUACAGACCAAAUAGCCGCAGCCCACUGUUUCGUGGCUUUCACAACUUUAACUGAUGUCCUCGGCCACUGCUUGGAGUUGGUUUAUCGCCUAGGGAAUGACUUCUCCAAGAAGCCCGAGGGCUCCCCGCUUGGUCUCGAGAAUCUGUUGACUCACUGGGAGGACUCAUUAUCGGACAGCCUUCGUCGAUUGGUCAUUCGAGGAACAGGCCUUGCCGGACCUGGUGCAGCGAAUCUUCGUUUGGCUUAUCUCUCCGUCAAACUCGUCGUCCGCCGCUGUCAACUUGAUCUUGACAGAGCUUCCCUUCAGAUCAAUGAUGUGGAUUCUCUUUAUUACAUCCAAGCUCGCCGGGUCUCUGAGGAGAUUGUAGACUUUGUUCGAGGACUUGAUGAAACACAUUGUCGAGAUUUUUGGAUCCCACUCAAUGCCUACUCCCUCACAUCAGCAACCACUUUCCUGAUGAGAAGUGCUCUCACCUCCAAGGGGCUUGUACGGAAUCCCUCGCUACAACUUGCAAAGGCUAUGAUCGAUGCACUCAGGUCUCUUCGCCACGAUUAUGCAUGGGAUCUGGCAGACAAUUGUCUGUCAAACUGUAGCGACCUGAUGGAGAAGAUUGAGGCUGCAUGUCAAGGACCAAGCUCAAACACAAUGGAACUGCAGGAGCCAAUGCCAAUGGACAUGGACAUUGCUGCCCUGAAUGGAUUGUUUUCGGAAUUCACAGGGAACUACUUUCUAGAUACAGCAGAUUGA